ACGGCGUUAUCUCGCCCCAUCCCCCCACGCUGCUGCGCUCGGUCGUUGGAGGCGAGGAGUCGCGCUCGUUGAAUGGCCGGUGAAACGUCAUGUCAGUCGUGAGGCCCCGUGUGCGCGCUCUUCGGGCGCUAUGAGGCUGUGAACGCGACGUGCUAUCGCGACAGGGGGGGUUCGUUUUAACCUUUGGUUUGGCCCAAGAUGUACGCGGCGGUUUCCUCCCUGAGAGUGGCGUCAAAAGGCGUCCUAGUGUGACAGGCAGAGGGACGGACGACGUGCGCUCGCUGUGUAGGGAGGAGGCCACUGUAACUUGUGCUGUUAGGCUAAUCACUGAUCAUGGGGGCAUUUUUGGACAAACCUAAAACUGAGAAACACAACGCUCAUGGAGCUGGAAAUGGUUUGCAGUACGGACUCAGCAGCAUGCAGGGCUGGCGAGUCGAAAUGGAAGAUGCUCACACGGCUGUGGUGGGUAUCCCUCCUAGCCUGGAAGACUGGUCCUUUUUUGCUGUUUAUGACGGCCAUGCUGGAUCUCGUGUUGCAAAUUACUGCUCAUCGCACUUGCUAGAGCAUAUAACAGAUAACGAAGACUUCAGGCCAACUGAAAUGUCAGGAUCCAACGUGGAGCCCUCUGUAGAAAAUGUUAAAAGUGGCAUUCGAACUGGAUUUUUAAAAAUUGACGAGUAUAUGCGCAACUUUGCUGAUUUAAGGAAUGGCAUGGACAGAAGCGGCUCAACUGCGGUGGCCAUCCUUAUUUCACCGAGCCAUGUGUAUUUCAUCAACUGUGGGGAUUCUAGGUCUGUGUUGUACAGGAGCGGACAAGUUUGCUUUUCCACACAGGAUCACAAACCUUGCAAUCCAAGGGAGAAAGAAAGGAUUCAAAAUGCCGGAGGCAGCGUCAUGAUCCAGCGCGUCAACGGAUCGUUAGCGGUUUCUCGUGCCCUCGGGGACUAUGACUACAAAUGUGUUGAUGGCAAAGGCCCUACUGAGCAGCUUGUGUCUCCCGAGCCUGAGGUGUAUGAGAUUGUACGAGCAGAAGACGACGAAUUUAUAAUAUUAGCUUGCGACGGCAUUUGGGAUGUCAUGAGUAAUGAAGAGCUUUGUGAAUUUGUCAAGUAUAGGCUCCAGCUAACAGAUGACCUUGAGAAAGUGUGCAAUUCUGUAGUGGACACCUGUUUACAUAAGGGAAGUCGUGAUAACAUGAGCAUUGUACUUGUUUGCUUUCCGAACUCCCCUAAAGUUUCUGAAGAAGCUAUCAAGAAAGACGCUGAGCUGGAUAAAUAUUUAGAAUCGAGAAUUGAAGAAAUCAUGACAACUGCUGGGGAGGAAGGAAUGCCAGAUCUCACUCAUGUAAUGCGCAUUUUAUCAGCAGAGAACGUCCCACAUUUACCACCUGGAGGUGGAUUAGCUGGAAAACGCAGUGUUAUUGAAGAUGUCUAUAAUAGGUUGAAUCCACAUAGAGAGAAUGAUGGGGACCCCACUGGAACAGAGGAAAAUGCAGCGCAUGGGAAGUUGGUGGAAGCUCUCAGGGAGCUGAGAAUUAAUCAUAGGGGAAAUUACCGUCAACUCCUGGAGGAAAUGCUGAGUAGUUACAGGCUAGUUAAAAUGCAGGGUGAAGAGUCAUCUGCUGGAUCUACAGAAGCUCCUGCUCCCGACGGUGCGGCCAGCAACACAGUAACUGGAAGCCACACUGAAGUGGAGUAAAGAGAUCAUUGCAUGAAUCCUUUCCCCUUCUCACAAAGUAAAUCUGUGAGGUUAUGUACAGGUCAAUACAAUGAGGCGUUUUAAUAAGCGUACCUUCCCCACAGGCCGCAUCCAAUCCCUGGCUUACAGUUUUCCACUUCCUUUUGGCUGCUUUAAUAAGCUUUCAGUGGCUGACUUCAGUAGUAGCAUUACAGAUGUGAGGUCUGGUGUGCAUCAGGUGGAAGUUACCCCCUCCCACCCAUCUCCUAUAGUAGCCAUCCACCAGCUCCGCUGAAAACCUUCCCAUGUGUCUAAAUUUGUUGGUUUUAUGCAGGCCUGUAUGUGAGUUUCCUUAGUUGCUUUUUUUUUUUUAUUAUUAUUAUUCCCUUUACGUUUGCCCAUCCUUUUAGAUGCUGCUACUCUGCCAUUGUUCAAGUGGGGAGUAAUGGUAAACGGUGCUGGCUUUGUAUCUGAUGCGUCUAAAUCUGUAUUUGGGAUGAUGUGCUGAUUUAUUACACUGUUACUAAUGGCGUCCGUCCUUCCUGGUUAGGUAGACAUUUGCGGGAGCCUUUAUUAAGUCACUUUUCUUAUCUAUGGGAUUUGUAAUCUGGUUUACCCUUGACUGUACUUUUUAUCACUUGUAGAUGGCACUGUUAUGCUAACUGCGUUCAAUAAAAUAAAUGCUCCAGUGGUUUAAAGUCGGA